AUGUCUGCUCUUACCGAGCUCGCGGCUAUCGCCUCUACUGAGGCUCAAAAGCUCACCAACUACAUCAAGAGCAACAACCUGCCCCUGCCCAGUUUCGAGGUCGACGCCCCUGGCGAGCUCCCGAUUCCCUCAACGGAUGAGGACCUCCAGGCUUCCAAGAUCAGACUGCUUAAGGCUGCACAAGAUCUCCAGGCUCUUGCUCUAGGUCCCGCUGAAGAUCUGAGGUGGAAGGCAUGGAACCAGUACAAUGACAACAUCUCUCUUCAUGCCAUCAUGCACUUCCGUCUGCCGGAAGCUGUGCCUGUCAACGGCACUGCAACUUUCGCCGAAAUCUCCCAGAAGACUGGUCUCAAGGAGCCGCUCGUCAUGCGAUUCGUCCGCCACGCUGCCAUCUACCACGUCUUCAAGGAGGUCUCCUCCGGCGUUGUUGCCCACACUGCUGGUUCCGUCGCUCUGCUCGAUGGCUCUAGCGUCCGUGAUUGGCUCGACAUGACCUUCGAGGAGUGGGCCCCCGCCUCUGUCUACGCUGUCAAGCAGCUCAUCCAGUCUCCCGACAGCGGCGAGCAGAGCGAUGCCGGUUUCGGAAUUGCUUUCGGCGGCCAGACCAUCUUCGAAUUCCUUGCACAGAACCCUGACCGCGCUAGAGUGUUCGGCCUGUCUAUGAGCAACUUCUCCAAGGGUGCUAGCCACAAAGUCGAGCACCUCAUCACUAACUACGACUGGCCGUCUCUGGGCGAGAGCACCGUUGUUGAUCUCGGCGGUUCCCACGGUCACAUCUCCCUCGCCAUCGCUAAGGCUCACCCCAAGUUGAAGUUCGUCGUCGAGGAUCUCCCCGGCACCACCGCCCAAGGCGAGGAAAUGCUUCCCGCCGAAUUCAAGGACCGCAUCUCCUUCAUCGGCCAUGACCUGAACCAACUCCAACCCUACAAGGGCGCCGACGUCUACAUGUUCCGUUCCGUGCUCCUCAACUGGCCCGACAAAUACGUCGUCAAGUUCAUCAAGAACCUCGUGCCCGCGCUGAAGCCCGGCUCCAAGGUGCUCAUCAACGAGGGUGUGCUACCCCGGCCCGGAGAGGUCUCUGACUGGGACUACAAGGUUCUCACUUCGCUCGACUUGUGCAUGUUGGCCAUGUUCAACAGCAAGGAGAGGACCGUUGAGGAGUGGGAGGGCCUUUUCAAGGAGGCUGACCCUAGGUUUGCGUUCCAGUAUGCGAGGAAGCCCGAGGGUUCGCUGCUGUGGAUCAUCGAGGCUGUGUGGCAACCUACUGAGAGCCCGUAA